AUGGUCGACUGCAAGAGGGGGACAAUGGCACUCUAUGUCCCAUCCGAAGUGCGACUCGCCCAUUCAUCCAAGCGUUUCGGAUGCUACCUCACCGUCGACAGCUACUCGUACAAUCUUGGCCUCGACACCGACACUGCGUCGAACCUCCGCAUCCCGACCAACGGCAUCGGCUUCAGCGUGAUCACGACCGCGUACCCGCUGCAGUACGGAAUGAUCAUUGUCGCCAUGUUUGCGCCACUAUACGAGAAUCGCGGUCACGAAGCCAUCGGCACAAUCACGGUCAAGUUCUGCUCCGUCGAGUCAUGCGACGUGGAAGUAUUCAACGGCCCCGGCGUCGUUGGCCAGCUGAAGUCCAUUUGUGGCUCAAUCGAAGAAGCCAGCGCCUUGCCCGAACGUAUCGUCAAGUUCACGGCGGCAUGCGAGCACAUCACGGUCAACAUUCACAACACGGUGUCCGAGCAUUUUCGCCUCAUGCGUCCCGACAUCACUGAAGAGCUGGCCCGGCUCAAGCAGGCGACGGCGUCGCCCAACAAGACAAUCUCCUUGAUCUACCCUGCAGGCCCCAGCGACAUCGAAUACGUCAAGACACUUUACCAGUGUGUCCAAGAAGCAUUGCCGAGGAACAGAAACAAGACCGACCGCAAGUAUAUUUUUGGCAGGAUCUUCGCCAAGUCCCCCAAUGUCCAGCAGUUGCAUCUGCAGAAUGCUCCUCUCAUGGACUCUGCGAUUUACCGCACGGGCCUGCGGGAGCCACUCGGUGUCAUGCACACGUUCGACACCCCCGCGGAGUUCAUGGUGACGCAUAUUCUCGGCGGACUUUAUCCCGCUCGCGCCAUGGAGUUGCCACAUUACAACGGCUCGUUCCUCCUGCUUGUCAAGAAUUCUGUUGGAGACGGCGUCACUUGCCGCGCGAGGAGAAAGGUGCCUUCGACUGCAGCUCCCCGGAUUGAGGCAACCCCUGGCACUGACGGUGACAUGUCCACCGGGCCCUUGCCGUGUGCUGAGCGAGUCUCCGAGGUGAUUAAGGAGCUUUACAACCAGUCACUCCGCGCGCGGUGGAAGGAAGAUCCAAAUGAUUAUCUGCGAAAGGCGGCCGGGAAAUUAUUCAGACCAGGAACGUUGACAGAUGCAAUGGUCAGCGAACUGCAGUGCGGCCAAAACGAGCUUCCAGUUGUCCUCGAGCGCAGGAUCAAGGACUUGGUGUCGGUUUGGGCCGACGCAGGCUUCAUCGACAUUGGGACAGCGACGACGUCGGGACCGGAGACACCCUCGCAGUCCACGCACUUCCCUCCAUGUGACCGCUGGAGAGCCGAACGGAUUUCCACUCCCAUGGAGGGGCUGCCUUGGGGCUACUCCGUCUUCUUUGUCACGAAACCUCUGGUUCUAGCAAACGAGGCGUUGGCCAACGGCACCCGUCCAGUCAUUGACGUUGAGUUCCCAAUCCUGACAUAG